ACACAGUCGCGCCAACUCCCGCCGCGCGACGUCGCUCUCGCACGCGCCUGAUCCGUGGCCAUCGUGGGAAUGGGGAAUCCAAUAUGGCAGCCGUCGUGAUAGCCGCACAAGUCAGUGUCGCGGAAAUGUUUUCAACUCGUUGAACGAGCAACCGCGACGACCGGUCGACGUGUGACGCAUAGGCGUGUCUGGUGGAGAAUACCAGCCGCGAAGCGUAUUGUGCUUAACGGCACUAUUAGAAUAGUAGUCUAGUUAGAGCUUAAUUAUCUUCUAAUUGGGUCCCGGGAUUCUUCGGAAAAUCAGGGAUUCUGGAAGGGAAGGACUUUAAACAGCCAUGGGGAAGCAAAACAGCAAGUUAAAGCCGGAAGUGCUGGAGGACCUCAAGCAGAAUACCGAAUUCUCAGAUGCGGAGAUUCAGGAGUGGUACAAAGGAUUCCUAAAAGACUGUCCCAGCGGCCACCUCAGCGUGGAAGAAUUCAAGAAAAUAUACGGCAACUUCUUUCCUUACGGUGACGCGUCAAAGUUCGCGGAGCAUGUAUUCAGGACGUUCGAUGCGAACGGCGAUGGCACGAUCGAUUUUCGGGAAUUUCUCUGCGCCCUCAGCGUAACGUCCCGCGGCAAGUUGGAGCAGAAGUUAAAGUGGGCCUUCAGCAUGUAUGACCUGGAUGGCAACGGUUACAUUUCGCGACAAGAGAUGCUCGAGAUCGUAACGGCGAUCUACAAGAUGGUGGGCUCCGUGAUGAAGAUGCCGGAAGACGAGUCGACGCCGGAGAAACGAACUGAUAAGAUAUUCCGACAGAUGGAUAAGAACAAGGACGGCAAGCUAUCGCUUGACGAAUUUAUAGAGGGUGCGAAGAGCGACCCAUCUAUUGUGCGACUGUUGCAGUGCGAUCCUAGUGCACAAGCUCAGUGAGGCCCUGGGCCAAUACAGACAAAUAUCGAUAUGCCAUCUGCAUACCCGAAUCGGAGCCCGGCCCAAUUGAUAUCCCAAGCGGAAGCGGCACGAUCGUAGAAAUUUGUCCUCCAAAUUUAUUGGUAUAUCGAGAAACUUGCCGAAACGUUAUCUUUAUAUAUGUUUGUUUUUUCUUUUUGAUUUUAAUCUAAUAAUUAUUACAUAAGCUUUUGAUUGUAGGACGCUUGGAUGCGUAUAAUUCAUUUGUCAUGGUUGAUUCCAACGAAAUAAGUUACUAUCCCAUGGAAAUUGUUUCACUUUGUAAGCAUUUUUUAUUUGAAAACGAUAUUAAUGCAUAAAUUAUGACUGUUGAAUAAGAGAACCAUUGUUUUGAUAAUAGAUAUUCGAUACAGAGAAUAAUAAUGGAAAAAGAAAUUUCUCCAUUUUAUGAUUAACAAUUAAAACACGAUUAACGAUAUCUUUUAAUCGCGCAACGAUUAUACAUUAAUAUUUGAUUUUAUUUAUUAGAUACUUUCCGUCAUGUGUGAAAUUUUAACGAGUAUUUUAUUUGAAAGUUGAAUGUAAAAAGAACAAAUUGCAAUCUUUUUUGAUUAAUACGAUCAUUCAAAUUGAUAUCUUCCGAUGAGUAGUAAUGAGUUAGAAAGAAUAUUUCGUUACUCAAAGAUAUCGCCUUGGUGGUUUCUCGCGGAUAUUCUACGAUCACGCACAUUAUGCGCGAGCACAAGUGCGUGCUAGUGAAGGCUUCUAUAAAUUGGGCCGGUAUCCGAGAGGUCCAGGGUCACUGGGCCCAUGGCGCUUGCGCAUACCGCAAGCUAGUCUACAAGACUAGUCCAGUCGCUCCGUUUCGUUCAAACGGAUCGGUUUAGCGAGAAGCUUGUUACGCCUUUUCGGGUCGUAUGUGCCACGCUGCGCUCGAUCCGCGGAGCCAUCCUGAGAAACGCCCGAGAAACAACGCGAGAGGAGGGAAGCCGGUCCGCGUCGCUCGAUCAACGCUCGGUCCGACGUUGCGUCGAUGCCGUCGUCGAACUUCGCCGGCUGUGCCGGUCGUUGGAAAUGAUGAGCGGGAUUAGCGAAAUUCUAAAAUACUCUGUGUUCGUAAAAUAUCCGUGAUUAUCGGUAGCCGCGGGUGCAUGGCAGG